CUUAAACGUUAAAUAUUAUGGAAAGUAGGAACCGCAAGACGCUAGUGGAAUUGGACCUGGUAAUCAAAACCAAUAUUGAGAAGACGCGUUAAGACUUUCUUCACUUCUAUGCUCCUCAAUUUUUCAACGCCAUUCUUACAAUUUCCAUCUGCACUACAUUUCUCAAAUUCAUACAGAUUCCAUUUCCAAUUCCUCUUUUCUACUUUCCAGCAUGAAUCCAAACGAAAAUUCAUCAAAAGGUAGUGCAAUUGUAAAAAUUACCCAAAUCAUCCAGAUAAUCAAAGAAUUCUCUUCAUUGCCUGAGUGUAAAAAUAGUUCUAAGCGAAUGUACUCCAAUUUGGUGCGGAGAGUGAAGCUUCUGAGUCCUCUCUUUGAGGAAUUGGUGGAUAGAGAGGAUCAUGAACUGGAAUUGAUACCUGUUGAUCAGUUUCUAGCUUUUCAGUCUCUUCUAGCUGCCCUAAUUUCUGCCAAAGAUCUUCUUAGAUGGGUUUUGGAAUCAAGUAAACUUUAUCAGGCUGUGCAGAGGGAGAAAAUCUCAGCAAAGUUUCUUUACGUAACAGGACAAAUUGAAGAAGCACUUUCAAAGGUUUCUUAUAAUAAGCUUGAUUUGUCUGAGGAAGUUCUUGAGCAGAUCGGCCUUGUUCAUAUACAAUUUCAACGUGCAAAAACUAGAACAGAAUCAUCUGAUCUGCAAUUGGAGAUGGACAUAACGGUAGUGCAGGAAGAACCGGAGCCUGAUGCUGUAGUUCUUAAAAGAUUAUCACAGAGCCUUAACCUUUUGACUAUGGAGGAUCUGAGAACUGAAUCGAAAGCCUUUCAUGAAAUAAUCAUCACAAGCAGUAGUAAUCUUGGUGAUUCAUUUGAAAAGAUGUCCACUAUUUUUAAGAAGCUUAAUGACUAUCUACUUACUGUAAACCCAGAAGUUGACAUGUAUGAUGUUGAUAAGGGCAUGAUAAAGCACAGAUCUCCUGUUAUACCAGAUGAUUUCCGCUGCCCUAUUUCACUCGAGCUAAUGAAAGAUCCUGUUAUUGUGUCUACAGGACAGACGUAUGAAAGAUCGUGCAUCCAGAAAUGGCUGGAUGCAGGUCACAAGACAUGUCCCAAGACUCAACAAACACUUCUGCAUACAGCAUUAACACCAAAUUAUGUUCUGAAGAGUCUGAUUACUUUGUGGUGCGAGAGUAAUGGUCUGGAGUUGCCUAGGACAAAAGGAAAAGGUACAAACAGGAAAACUGGAAGUUCUGCUUCCAACUGUGACAAAGCAGCCAUUGGUUCAUUGUUGAAGAAGCUAGCCAAUGGAAACAUAGAAGAGAAACGGGCUGCUGCUGGGGAGCUACGGCUGCUCGGAAAAAGAAAUGCAGACAACAGGGUGUGUAUUGCUGAGGCAGGAGCUAUACCACUUCUAGUAGAACUACUAUCUUCACCUGAUUCUCGGACUCAAGAACAUGCUGUAACAGCACUUCUUAAUCUUUCCAUCAAUGACACGAACAAGAGCAUUAUUGUGAAUGCUGGCGCUAUUCAAGAUGUCGUAGAAGUCCUGAAGAACGGUAGCAUGGAGGCAAGAGAAAAUGCAGCGGCUACACUGUUCAGCUUAUCAGUUGUGGAUGAGAACAAAGUGGCUAUAGGAGCAGCUGGGGCAAUUCCAGCUCUAAUUGAUUUACUAAUUCAUGGUACUCCAAGAGGAAAGAAAGAUGCUGCUACUGCAAUAUUCAACCUUUCAAUUUACCAAGGCAACAAAGUGCGGGCUGUGAGAGCUGGGAUUGUCGAUCCUUUGAUGAGAUUUCUCAAAGAAUUUGAUGGUGGUAUGGUCGACGAGGCACUAGCAAUACUAGCUGUCAUCGCAGGCCAUCCUGAGGGAAAAAUUUCAAUUGGACAGACUGAGCCGAUUCCUCACUUAAUCGAGUUAAUAAGAACUGGAUCGCCUCGUAACAGAGAGAAUGCCGCUGCUGUAAUUUGGUCACUUUGCAUGGGUGAUGUCAAGCAUUUGAAACUAGCAAAGGAACUGAAUGCCGAACAAGCAUUUCGUGAACUUUCAGAGAAUGGCACUGAUAGGGCCAAGCGAAAAGCUUUGAGUCUUUUAGAGUGCCUAGAGCGAGUCGAAGACGCUGAUGACCAAAAAUAAGCAGUGGUUGAAAACUGUUGUCUUACUCUAUGGUGUCCCAUUGUUUGUAGGUAGCAAAUAUGCUUUAUUUGUAAAUAGUUUAUAUAUACUUGUAAUAUUUGUAUCAAACUUGUGCGUUGCACAAUGUAUUUCUUGAUUAUAUAUAAGAUCGUUUAUCAAAA